CGACCAGCGUUCUACGUCACGGCGGUGCGCCGGAAGUGGCUGAGGAUUGCGCCAGAAAUCCCGGAAGUGGCAGCUGUAGGAUUUUGCUGCUGGCUCUGACUCCCGUCCUGCGAUGGGUUGCGACGGGGGAACAAUCCCCAAGAGGCAUGAACUGGUGAAGGGGCCGAAGAAGGUUGAGAAGGUGGACAAAGAUGCUGAAUUAGUAGCCCAAUGGAACUAUUGUACUCUAAGUCAGGAAAUAUUAAGACGACCAAUAGUUGCCUGUGAACUUGGCAGACUUUAUAACAAAGAUGCCGUCAUUGAGUUUCUCUUGGACAAAUCUGCAGAAAAGGCUCUUGGGAAGGCAGCAUCUCACAUUAAAAGCAUUAAGAAUGUGACAGAGCUGAAGCUUUCUGAUAAUCCUGCCUGGGAAGGGGAUAAAGGAAAUACUAAAGGUGACAAGCAUGAUGACCUCCAGCGGGCACGUUUCAUCUGCCCCGUUGUGGGCCUGGAGAUGAAUGGCCGACACAGGUUCUGCUUCCUUCGGUGCUGCGGCUGCGUGUUUUCUGAGCGAGCCUUGAAAGAGAUAAAAGCGGAAGUUUGCCACACGUGUGGGGCUGCCUUCCGGGAGGAUGAUGUCAUCGUGCUCAAUGGCACCAAGGAGGAUGUGGAUGUGUUGAAGACCAGGAUGGAGGAGAGAAGGCUGAGAGCGAAGCUGGAAAAGAAAACAAAGAAACCCAAGGCAGCAGAGUCUGUUUCAAAACCAGAUGUCAGUGAAGAAGCCCCAGGGCCAUCAAAAGUUAAGACAGGGAAACCUGAAGAAACCAGCCUUGAUUCUAGAGAGAAGAAAAACAACUUGGCUCCCAAAAGCACAGCAGCAAAUGAGAGCUCUUCUGGAAAAGCUGGGAAGCCUCUGUGUGGAGCCACAAAGAGGUCCAUCGCUGACAGUGAAGAAUCCGAGGCCUACAAGUCCCUCUUUACCACUCACAGCUCCGCCAAGCGCUCCAAGGAGGAGUCCGCCCACUGGGUCACCCACACAUCCUACUGCUUCUGAAGCCCACAAUGCCACUGCUCCUGCCCCAGAAGGUUGUUUAGUUUCCACGUAGGCAGGUCGCUGUGCACCUCUGAGUGCACUGCUGUGUGUUCUCUCUAGCUCUGUGUCAUAAAGCUGUCCUGGCCAGCGUUCGAGAUGGUGUGGUCACUCUUGCUGUGAGGCUUGUGGGUUCCAGGGGGGACAUGGGAGGGGCUGCACAGUGGCCCGAGGUCAUACUUGCUUCCACCUGCAGGUGCAUUUGGUCCUUUCCAUGGCCAGGAAGCCCUGUGGGCCGCACUUUUUAUGGUUGCAGUAACAAGAGACUCCAGAGUCCUCACUGGUGCAGAGUUGGCACAUAUUAACUACAAUUCUAAUGAUUUUGCUACCAGCAAUAAAUUAAGUAGGCCAAGUGAAACUGGGCUUUAGAAAGGAUGGAUUUCAAAUACACUGUGCCCACUAGAAGCUUUGAAGAGCCUCGUCCCUCUGCUACAGCCCUGGGAGGAGCCAGGAUCCUUGUUGGUCUAGCUAAAUACUAUUAGGGGAGUCUGCCCCAUCUCAUCAUUUCGAAGAUGGCAGAGUCUUGGUUGGGCACCCAGUGAUUGGUGGGUCUGCCUCUUUUCUCCUCUGUGUUUUUAUCUUUUCUACCUUCUGCUCAUGCUUGGGUAAGAACGUUGCAGCCACUGCAUUGGUGAUUAUAGGAGUCAUUCCAUGAAGUCAGAGGAACCCACCCGUCUCUCCUCCAGCAGAUGGUAAAGGGAGAAUUCUACCCGAAAAGAGGUGCAUUUUAUCUGCCUAUAAUGUGUGUUGACGCCAGUAGUUAGUGGAACUUCUCAUGAGACUCCUAAUGAAGAACCAAGAGCCCCAGGCCUCUGCGUGGCUUUCUGCACACGGUGGUAUGACUGAGAUAGUGACUGCUUCUCUAAACCAGACCUCGGGGCCCUGGGUUUCCUUCAGAAGCAGGAGAAGGACCUGUGGGAGGUGAAUGGUGGGAGGCGAGCAGGCAGCUUCUGUGGGAGACAGACACGUGGGGAGAACUCCAGGGAGAAGUCAGCAAGGGAGAACCACGUGUGGCCCUGCUCUUUCUCAAACCCUGCAUGGUUCCCGGCUUCACAGUGGUGGGAAGCUUUGGCCGCAAGGAUAUUUUGACAUUGUGAGUAUAGAGCAUUUUAAUAAAAAUUACAUUAAGUGAUGAA